AGAGUUGACGGAUGAUGAUGGAUGAUGCUAUUGCUAGCUUGCUGCCCCUUCGGACGGAUGGACAUCUAGGAAAAAUCUGGGAAUCAUUUGCCCGUCGUUGGGCUUUCCAUGCGUGCAGUCUCCGCUGUCUUACAAAACAAAAGUCAAUCUCGUUGACUUUCCUUUCGGAUCCGAAUCUCCAUCUCAUGUCGCGUUGGCGGCGUGGGUUGGCUAUGAAAUCUGGUCGAACGCUGUCCUAGAGAAAGGCACUGUCAAGAUUCACUCCUUUCUUCGACCAAAUUCCUGGGAAAGGGCCGAAGCCAGCACGAAGUACUGGAACCUGCUGGAAUUCCGCAUCGAAAACACACGGUCGCCACACCCCUGAUUUUGUGGGAUGCCCCGGAAUCUAUACUCCCAAGAAUGAAGAAUCAAUGAAGGAUUUAAAUGCAUUCCAGUUCGAUUCGCAUCAUCCUGGCCACAAAGCAAAUGCACGUCGUCCCCGGUUCCUGAAUCCUCUCCAAUCCCCCCCAACCAUCCGGGGAUCGCCGCCAUGGAUGCGCAGAACCUAGAACGGAGGAGCUACUGGAGAUGGAGCAAGCGGGACUUUUACCCCGAGGAAUCCUUCGUCAACUUCGCCUCCUACGGGAAGGCCCUCUCUCAGACAUGGCCGCGCCUCAGGGACCGCAUCCUCACCCGGUCGACUCAGUCCAAAGAGCUCGUCGAGCUCAAGAAGGAGAGCGAGAAUGAGAUGAAACGCUGCCUCAACUGGUGGGACCUCAUUUGGCUCUGCUUCGGCUCCGUUGUCGGGUCUGGCAUCUUCGUCCUCACCGGCCAGGAGGCCCACGACCACGCCGGCCCCGCCAUCGUGCUCUCCUAUGCCAUCUCCGGUCUCUCUGCAUUGCUCUCCGCCUUCUGCUACACGGAGUUUGCGGUCGAAAUCCCCGUCGCAGGUGGGUCUUUCUCGUACUUGCGUAUUGAACUAGGCGAUUUCAUUGCUUUCAUUGCGGCCGGUAAUAUACUCUUGGAGGCCAUUGUGGGCGCGGCCGGCUUGGGUCGUUCUUGGACCUCGUAUUUCACAAGCAUGAUCAAGAACGACCCCGAUUUCUUUAGAUUCCACGUGAAAGGUUUGCCCGAGGGGUUUAAUCUUCUGGACCCGAUGGCUGUUGCGGUGCUUGUGGUGGCUAAUAGCAUUGCGAUGGCUGGGACAAAGCAGGCUUCUUGCUUGAAUUGGAUCGGUUCUGUGAUUAGUGCGGGGGUCAUAGUGCUUAUUCUGGCGAUUGGGUUCUCUCAUGGGCAUGUGUCGAAUUUAAGCCCCUUUCUCCCCUAUGGAGCGAGUGGUGUUUUCACAGCCGCAGCGGUCGUAUACUGGUCUUACACAGGGUUUGAUAUGGUCGCGACCAUGGCCGAAGAGACCAAGAAGCCGUCCAGGGACAUCCCAAUCGGUUUGGCUGGUUCGAUGAUUGUGAUCACCGUGGUUUACUGUUUGAUGGCUCUGGCACUGACCACGAUGCAGAAGUACACCGAAAUUGACCGCAAUGCGGCUUACUCUGUCGCUUUCUCAAGGAUCGGCAUGAAGUGGGCUAAGUAUGUCGUCAGCAUUUGUGCCCUAAAGGGAAUGACCACGAGUUUGCUGGUCGGGGCUCUUGGACAAGCUCGGUAUAUGACUCAGAUCGCCAGAUCUCAUAUGAUCCCCCCCUGGUUUUCUCUUGUCCAUCCGAAAACAGGCACUCCCAUCAAUGCCACUCUGUUGAUCACCGUGCUUAGUGCUGUUGCGGCAUUCUUCUCUAGCUUGGAUGUCCUGUCUAGCGUGCUCUCCCUCAGUACGCUGUUCAUUUUUAUGCUGAUGUCUAUUGCAUUGCUGGUGAGACGGUAUUAUGUCAAGGGCGAGACUCCAAAGAGCGACCUUGGCAAGUUCUUGGUCUGUCUGUUCGUUAUAGUUGCUUCUUGCAUUGGAGGGACAGCAGUUUGGGCCUCAAACUCUGGAGGAUGGAUUGGCUACGUGGUUGCUGUUGUUUUUUGGUUUUUGGGCACUAUAGGAAUGCAACUGCUGCCGCAGUGGCGUGCUCCACAGUUCUGGGGGAUUCCCCUGGUUCCAUAUUUGCCGUCCUUGUCGAUUGCGAUGAACAUAUUUUUGAUUGGCUCGCUGGGCGCUGAAGCAUUCUGGAGGUUCUUCAUAUGCACCGUGGUGAUGAUAGUCUACUAUCUCUUGGUCGGGCUUCACGCAACUUACGACGUGGCUCACCAUAUAGCACAGGAAUCAAAAAUCGAAGAUGGAAAGGAGAAUGUGGAUCAUGGCUUGUCAUAGGGAUGUCUUUGGCAUCGCCUCGGACACUGGACAGUAGCAUUCCCCUUCCAUUUUCGAAAUUGUUGCUUUGGGUUGGAUACUUUUGCAGGAUCUGCAGAUCGUGACUUUGCUUGACAUCAAAUCUUCCUUUCGAUUGACUCACUUGUUUCAGCCAUAGCACAUCAUCUUACUUUGCUUCUGCUGGGUCUAUACAUACCGACUGUAUAAAUUACUGUUCAGAAUUAUGUAAAAUAAAUUAUGUUUGCGGGUGAGCAUCUAAACCGACUUUGAAUUGGCCCAACCCUCCCAUUUUGCCUUUUCUGAUAAUUUCAAAGAAGGAAGGCCUCUCUCUCUUCCCUUCCGUUGCUGCAAAGGCUUCUCUCUAUUUGUUGGAUGAACCACGCAGCCGCCUCCGCCAUCACCUUCCGGAACCCGAUGGAUAGCUCCAACGAGCUCGAGUCGAACCUUCCGCGCUCACUUCAUUCCUCUCUCUCACUAGGGUCUUGGGAAAUGAGAAGUGAAUGGCGAAGAAGAAGAAGAAGCUUCUCCAUUUUUCUCUGCUUUUUCUUGGCAACUUUCCUUCUUGUUUUCGCCCAUCAUCCAAAAGAAACCAACUCGUAUCCCUGUAUCAACACGGCCAUUGGAAAAGCUCCUCAGCCGGUGCCACAUUGUGCGCUUAGCAAAGACGCUUUUCUUUCUUCCUUUCUUCUGGAUGGGUAUGCUUUACUUGUCGCAGGAUGCUUACAAUCCCCUGCCGCUCACUAUGUGCAUUUUCUCUGCCUCGUAUACCAAGACUACCACAGGUGAGCUUUAUAUGCAGUUGGGUUUGACCCGAUAAGUGUUUGCAUUUGUCGAGUUGUUACAGAUUGCAUUCGAUGCUCGCCAGACUACAUUUUUGUUAUGGCUCGAGAAUCUGCCUGAAUUAUUGUUCAAUUAGAUUGUUACUGUGAAUUGCAUUACUUGGCCAUCUUGAUAGUUAAAUGGUUGUUCCAUGUCCCCAAUGAUCGAUAUCGCAUGCUUUUGUUUUCUUCUGGAUAACGAGGGAAGACUUGUUGAAUGACUUGUGCAUUCUUCUCUCUUUAUUUAAUGUACUAGGAAUAAGAUUGUAUAGACAAGUGGCGUUUUAUAGAGCACGAUGUUCGCAUUUCAAAAUGCUUGAGCUCAAGACAAUUUUCGAAGUAGGGCAGUGUGCUUCAAUUCUUGAAACAUUGAUGCAGUCUUCCUCUCUCAAUCAUUAUCGUGGGUAGAGAAAUUAUAUGGCAGAUGAGAAAGGGAGUUGGCCCUUCAUUUCCCAAUGACUUGUGCAUUCUGAUCAUGUGGCAUCUGUGCAUCUAGGAUCGCAUCUCUUUGAUUCGUUGCAGGAAUUCCGAUUGCUCAUGUGGCAUCUGCUGCACGAGUUGGGCCCUUAGAUGCUUAAUCGUUGAGUCAGUACAUGGAUUUUUUUGUAAAUGGUGAAGAAAGACACAUGGGAAGCGGAGGAGAGAUAUCGCAAGCGGCUGCGGCCAAACCAGAGAAUCCGUAUCAAACACCCAAGUACGUAAGCUUUCUCUGGAGCUCUGGAGGCGAAGAGACAUGUUACAUUCUUGACUAUACCUCAGGCAAUGACUAGAUCAAUGGAAGCCGAUGAUGCAUCAUAAGAAAAUCAAUCCCCAACUUCGGCUGCGAAAAUUCAGGCCAUGGCUCAUGUUUUUUAAUUUUUUGAUGGGAUCUUUUGGCCGCAAGAUUUUGAGCAGCAGGUUGGAUGCACCUUUCGGGUCAUGGUUAAGAUAUACAAAUUAAGUGAUUGGAGUGGAAAUGGCAGACUCAAUAGAAUCAGGCCAUUUCUUCUUCGCGUAAUGUCAGCCAGUAACAAGAAAUCUUUUUACGUGCUCAGAUUCUUUCUUUUUAGUUUUCCCUCUGGUUCCAUUCUGCUUCUA